AUGUUGUCGUUCUUGCACCCGUACGUGGCGGUUAUCAUCGAUUUUAUCGAGUCCAUCGAUGACUUUAUGGAGAAAAACGGAGGCGAGUUUAACUCUUACGUUUUAUCGAUCAUGUUGAUCGUGAUUGGAUACGCGAAAUUCAUUCAGAAAGCGAAGAAAGCGAAAGGGUUGAACCAAAAAACGCAAGGGAAGUUGGAAUUAUUCGCCGGGGUGAACUUAUUGUUGCCGUCGAAAAUGCAAACCGAAAUCGGAUGCGCGAUUGUAUUCUUCGUCUUGGGACAACAGAUUUUCACGAAGACGAAAGAGGCAAAGGCGGAAGUGCUGAUGAGCUUUUUCGCGAAACAGAUAUUCCGAGAGACGUGGAUGAGAAAUAACAAUCGCACGAGUUUGACUUUCUUACCGAACAACGUGAACGAAUACGGACCGGUAAACGUGAUGUAUUUCGCGAUUUUCAUCGGGAUGGUAUCGGGCGCGUAUUUACUCGCCAAGGCGCCGGCGACGCAAGGUUCCGGAGCCGAGAAGUUAGCCGAGGAGAUUCUGAAAGAGGUAGAAAAGAGACAGGAGAGUAAAAAGACGAAAUAG